CAAACGUUUCCUCGAUUUUUGCACACUUUCUGCUGUUUUAUUUUGCCGUCUAUCGCACAUAAUUCCCUCCCCUCUCCCUACAGUCCCUACAAAUUCCAACCCGCACACCCGUUUCGUGGACUCUAGAGAAAAUGUCCAGCGAUGCAUUUAGACACCAGCAGAUGCGCGCCAGCAUAAGCGGACGGGGCAGCCCCUCUGUGCACAGCGUCGGCACUCCGCGAAUGCGCGAGUAUUCCGGGCCACUGCCGAACCACCCAGCGCGCGGGCACUCCGAGACAUCGCUGUCUGUGGUUGUUCCCGAUAUGCCUGUGCCGCUAGGCUCUGUGCCCACAGCGCUGGCACACCGGGUGGACCGGCGGCGCGACUACUAUACCGACAGCCAGACGCUGGGCGCAGCCAUGGGUGCAGCAGCACCAACCAACACGGGAAUCAGAUACAGCACCUCGGAGCGGCCUGACUCGACAACAAUCGAACCAGGCAAACGGUCGCCGGCAUUCAGACGGGCACCGGGCAAGUCCCCGGGUGGGUACGGCGCAGAGUCGCAUCUGCCGAGGUUUAUGGUCGACAGGAUGCUGCGUGAGAGCGAGAAGCCAGAGUCAAUGAGCGGACGGACAAGUGUGGCCAGCGCCCGGAGUCAGAGCUCGGCAGGGUCGCCUAAACCCAACCAGCAGGCAUCUAUGAGGAGCAUCCUGGAGAUCGAGGAGGCAAAGCUAUUGGCGGCUGAGCGGCAGAACCAGCUACAUGCCAGCGACGGCAUUCUGUCGGAGGAGCAAAAGGUUGCAUAUGUCGGGCUGGUGUAUCUGCUGCUGGUGGACAUGCAGGACCGGCUCAAUGUGCAGUUCAAGGAGUCCCAGUCAUCGACAGCCAGCUUCAUGAAUUUUUCGCGUCGGGUCAUGCGCAAGAUGUACAGGCAUGUCAGCAUCUCGCUUGAGGAGCAGCGCAUGAUCGAUAUGCUGCCGCGCCACAAGAUCCAGAUAGAAGACAUGGCGGCCUCGCUGGCGGCCCAGGGCGACACAAUCAUUGUUGAGGCAGACCAGGAGCUGGCGGUUGCGCACCUAGCAACUGACGACCUCGUGCAUGAUCUGAAACCAACUAGAGACAGCGCUGAGGAGGAGCGCGAGGAUAAGAAGAAAAGGAAGAACAAGCUGGGGCUCAGUUGGAUGGGCAGCGGGUCGCUGGAGAACACGGAUGACGAGGACAGCGACAUGUACUCGCAGUACUCGAUGCUGCCGACGGAUGCACCGGAUAGACAGUCGUUAGAUGGCGCCGAGAAGCAGAAGCGCUCGUUUGACAGCGAUGUUUCUGAGAAGCAGCUCCCAGAACCUGCGAAUACCUCUUCGGAGCAGCCGGCGGCUCGGAUAUCAGUUGGCAGUGAUAGCGCUGGACUGUCUGGGCGCGAGACAAGCGGUGAGACGGUGCAGACAGAUACAGACGAUGCCGUACCGCCAUACGUCAGCAUGUUCUGCUCAGAACCGCAGACGCCUAUAUCACCAAUGCCUCCAUCCAUCAACGACCUAGACGACGAGACGCUGACCAAGGUUGAUGUCGACCAGACGCUUGUAAUCGACGUGCGUGCGACCCUAAUUCUCGACCUAUUCCUGCUCCUGCUGACUGACGAUGUGUAUGACAGCCGCAGCCGCUACCUGCUGCGUCGCAUGGCUGAAGCCAUCGGCUACCCGUGGGUCGAGGUGAUGAAGUGCGAGCGACGCGUAACGCGCCAGCUGUGUCUGCAUGAAUAUGCUACUGACGUGCGGGUGGCGACCAAGGACUCGUCCAAGAGCGUGCUAAAAGAGCAUGCCUCCAAGGGCAAGAAGAAGCGUCUGAUGAUUAUCGGUUUGGCCACAGUGGGCGGCGGGCUCGUGAUCGGUCUCAGCGCCGGGCUCUUGGCGCCAGCCAUUGGUGCAGGCAUUGGUGCAACCCUAGGUGCUAUUGGCGUGGCUAACACCGGCACUGCGCUGAUCACUGGCGCAGCGACGCUGACGGGCAGUGGGCUGGCGGGGCGGCAAAUUACCAGGCGCACGCGGUUUGCCGAGCAGUUCGAGUUUAUCCCAUGCAUUAGUGAGCAGCAGACGAACCUGAUUCUGACUGCCGAUAAUGGCGUGUUUUCGUUCUCGACGCUUGACCCGCUGAACGGCGACCACUGCAGUCUGCUGUGGGACUCGCUGCGCAUGAUUGUCGGUGAAACCCUGCAGCACACAGUUUUGCCGAGCCUGCUUGGACCACUGUCGAUUCCAAUGUGGCUGGCCAAGCUCGGGUACGUGCUCGACAACCCGUGGUCCACCGGCUGCGACAUGGCGGAAAAGGCAGGGCCACGCGUGCAGGGCCAGCGGCCGGUGACACUGGUUGGAUACUCGAUCGGCGCACGCCUGAUAUUUUAUGCCCUGCUGGAGCUGGCACGCAUGAACGCCUUUGGGCUUGUAGAGGACGUGUACUUGUUUGGCGCGCCUGUAGUGGAGUCGUCCGAGGAGUGGCGGCGUGCAGCCAGCGUCAUCGGCGGGCGGUUUGACUGGAUUCUCAGCUUCUUCUACCGCACCACCAGCCUUGGACGCAACUCCAUCGCUGGCCUGCAUCCGAUCACCGGCCUUCUGAUGCCGCGGCUGAUGAGCAAGCAGGGGAUCCGGACGAUGAUCGAGGAGCUGGAGAAGGCGGCCGAGCUGCUAGAAGCCCACGAUAAGAAGAAGAAGAAGUGGAUCCAGAAGCUGACGUUCUGGGACUCGGGGUCGUCGAGCUCGACGAGGAGGGGGUCGGUCAGCAGCUCAGACUCGCCCCCUGCCACAGAGCUCGGGAUACAGGUCAAGGAGGUCGAGGCGACCUUGCCGGCGCUGUCGAAGAAUGUGGAGUAGACUCUUUGUAUUAUCAUACUAUAUAUGUAGCUUUUGCAGACUCCAUAUCUUUACCUAUAUAUAAGAUUUUAUAGUC